AUGGUUUGGAAGACAACGCAACCACUCAGUACACCAGCGUUGCUUAGUGUAUACAAAAAUGCGAAAAACCGACUCUUCUUAUUCGAUUACGAUGGCACGCUAACACCCAUUGUUCGAAAUCCUGAAGAUGCUCAACCUACACCAACGUUACUGCAAUAUCUUUCACAACUGUGUAAGGAUCCCUCCAACACCGUUUGGGUCAUUUCCGGCAGAGAUCAGAGAUUUUUAGACACUUGGCUUGGGAAAAUUCCUCGUUUAGGGCUGAGUGCGGAACACGGUUCUUUCAUGAAACAGGCGGGAUUAAAUGAUUGGGUUGACAUGUUGAAGGAUGCAGAUAUGUCAUGGAAAAAUAUCGCCUUGCAGAUUUUUCAAAAAUAUACCCAGGCGAACCCAGGCACUGUUGUUGAACAGAAGAAAUCUUCUAUAACUUGGCAUUACCGCAAUGCACUUGAUACCAUUGAAGCGUAA